GAGAAAAGGCGGAACGAUAAUGGCGAAGAUAAUCGGUGCCAAAAAGUCACUUUGGCAACAAGUGUGUGAAGAGUAUGAAGCCGAGCAGCCCAGUCCUCCCAGUGCUGUGUGGACAGACAGCAGCUCAGUGAGCACCCAGUUCUCCCAGUACAGCGCCAGUAUACACUCCCCAGUCUUUUAUGGACUCACCACAGCCAAGGUGUUUGUGGACGAUGAUCCUCUGAGAGACUUUGACCCUCUUCUCUGUCACCCUGCUCUCGCCGGCUACUCUGUGUUGGGAAAACCUCGUCAUUCAAGCCAGAAGCGCCCGUCAACAGCUGAAACUACAUCACUACCACAACUACAUGAACGUCCUGUCACACGUUUUUUGGAGAAGAGAGUGUUUCCAGUGCUGCUGCCCGGACUGGAGGCUUUACUGAAAGAAGCACAGAAACAUGGUUGUUUUGAGAGGGAAAAAACGGCAUUUAACCCGUGUGACUUCUUGACAGAGUGGCUCUACAACCACAACCCCCGCAGGCGAGAACAGGUCCCACUGAACUUCCAUGACAUCCCUUUUGUCAAGGACUGGCUCAGCAUGCAUCCCAGGCCUCCCAUCCCUCUGUUUCUGCUGCUGAGCGAGGAUCAAGCCGCUCUGCUCAUCCAGGCUUUCUGGAGGGGAUACAAGAUCAGGGCACGCCCAGAUGUGCAGGAGCUGCGCCAGUGGCAGAAAGAACUGAGAGAGAAGCGUGACAUUGCCAAAACUGUCGAGCAGUUCUGGUCCCAACGAGAGAGCCGAGUGGGAUCCGCAAUGACGGAUCUUCCAGGAAGCCCCCAGCCCGGCGAAUCCGAUGUGUCCAUCCAAGUGGUUUCCCCCACCCCCCAGAGCACUGUGGUCCACACCCCCACCCAGCAGAUGACCCCUGACGGUGUUGAGUGGCUGACCCCUGGCCUGCACAGCAUGGAGAAAAUGGCUUCUACAUAA